AGCCAUGCAGAGACUGUCAAAUGCCUGAAGAAAGCGAGAGUCUGCGAUACGCACAAUCUAUUCGAAAUUGCUAGCAGUAGCGUGAAGAAGAUGUGUGGUGAAAGAGCGGCAUUGUUGGAGAAGGUGAAGCCGUGCCUCACGAGAUACGGAGAUGCAACCGCUCAGUUGUGCGAUAGCAAAUGUCAUGGACGGGCCAACGUGACUGCUUUCCUCAACAAUCCGGCUAUCGUCAGAGCUGCCAAAAUGGGUGGCAAUCUCCUUGCUGUGAAUGACCAUUUAGGAGGACUCUGCAGGUUCGUUCCUCUCAGCUUAACGGUUCCGCUUUGA